CCCCGGAACCCCCUGCGGACAGCCCCCUGGCCGGGCCGCUCGAGCGCCCGCGGGGCCCCGACGAGGAGGAGGAGGAGGCAGCAGCGGCGCCCCGGAGUCACUGAGGCCCCGCAGCGGGGCGGCGGGGAACCAUCCUCCCCAAGCUCGGAGGCCGGACUUUGCAGCAGGACGGGGCGGGAGUGACCCCUCCGGAGUGAACGUCCCCACACACACACCCCUACGAUCGCCAGCUCACCCGGGAGCCGGUGUCCCGCAACCGGAUCUUCAGGGACCACGAUUCGCCAGGGACUGGGGUUUGGUCUUCCCAGGACCGUGCUGCGCCAGGGCCCUGAGCCCUGAGAAGGAAGGGGGGAGUCCUGGCACCGCACCCUCUGUGCUGAAGCUCUGGUGUUUCCUAUAUGCAGGGGUGACUGGGACUUUCCCCCCCCCCCAAGACUCAGGGGAAGAGGGAGCUGUAGGGGCUCUUUUUUAAUAAGCUGAAGCUCUCAAAAGGAAGAGGGCACCAAAAGUAGUGGAGCUCAGGAGAACAUCUGGGAGUCCAGGCCUGUGCCCCCACCCCCCUUCGUGAUCCCAGCUGUCUGGACUGUUUAAAUCCAAUUUGGGAUGGAUCAAAGAUCCCAGGGAGCCCACUAGUCGGUCCAGCUGGCCUCCUGACUCUAAAGCCUUCACUGGAAUUGGGACAUUUGCUCCAGCCCUAGCUGUGAACAUGACCAGAGACGUUAUUUAUAAUUCAGCCAUUCAAGAUAUACCUGUAUUCAAAAAGUCCUGUAUAUUUUUUAAAAGUUUUAUUUUUCAGGUGAACAAAAAUACAUUCUAAGAACUCUGCCUAA